GGACAUUUGACUUUUACAAGCACUCCGUUUUGCAGGCUGGAUCUUUGCGCAGGUUUCUAGAUUCCUGCGGAUCACAUCAAAAUGUUGUGGAUUUUGUCAAUGGUUUUGGCUCUCAUCGCAGUGGUUGACGCCUGUCCGAAACCCUGCAAAUGUGAAGAUCAUGACAUCCUAAUUUGUUCGGACCAGAGACUUCUGGAGCUCCCUCAUCUGCCUCAGAGUACCAAGCAAUUAUAUGCUACACAUAAUAUGAUUCAAGCUCUCCCAGAUGAAGGUUUGGAAGGAUUGUCGAUUCUCGAUCUCACCAAGAAUAUCUUCAACUUGUCACUCAAUACCAACUGGCAGAACAUGAGCAAUCUUACAAAGCUAUUUCUGAGUGGAAAUGGACUGAGCACAUUAACACCAAGACAGUUUCAGGGGCUGUUGAACCUCAAAAUGUUGGAUCUCAGUGACAACUACAUUGUAAUACUGCCUCAGAAGUUCCUUUAUGGUCUGACCAAGCUUCAGAUCCUUAAUCUGAAUAUGAACAAGAUAUUAAGUUUAUCCUACGGGGUCCUGGACGGAGCUUCUGCCCUUAAGGACCUCCAACUGAGAAAUAACAUGAUUGAGAUGGUCGAGGUAGGUGUGUUUGAGAACUGCACACAUCUAGAUCAACUUUAUCUGUCAAUGAACAACCUAAAAAGUGUAGGUAAUGGGAGUUUUAAGGGUGCCAUAGGGCUAAAUCACCUUGAUCUUAGUCGAAAUGGACUAGUCGCCGUACCUACCAGUGUCCUUCAGGACACUCUGAACCUUACUAGCCUCUAUCUUCAAAAAAAUAACAUAGCUUCAAUUCCUGAUGACAUUUUCUCUGAGAUUCCCAUGCUGAAGCAUUUGGAUUUGAGUCAUAAUGGUCUUGCUUCCAUGUCCGACGGUUCGCUCAGAGGUCUUUCCCAGCUGGGCGCAUUAGAUCUAAGUUUCAACCAGUUGCAGAUGCUACCGUCACAUGUGUUUCAAGACUUGGGAAAGCUUGAGAGCCUUAAUUUGUAUCAUAGCGAUCUGAUGUUGCUUCCGAACGGCUUGUUCAAUAACUUAAGUAGGGUAAUAGAGCUUCAGCUGGACAGCAAUAAUAUUAUUGUAAUUCCACCGGACCUCUUUCACCCACUUUCAGCUUUGCAUGAUCUACAACUGAACAACAAUCACAUUUCGGAGCUCCAUUCACACACAUUUAUGCAGCUGAGGAAGCUUAAGCAUCUCGAUCUUUCCUACAAUGACCUUGUGAAGAUUCCCAUGCACCUCUUCAAAAGGACACAUCAUCUGAGGGACCUUAACCUGGAGAAAAAUCAUAUCCGUUACAUUCCAAAAUUGUCCUUUAAACACUUAGUCAAACUUCAGUGUCUGAAACUCAGCAACAACAACCUGACAAGACCCUUUGCAGAUCUACUGACUAGUCUUAGUAAUUUACGGGAGUUAUGGCUCAAUGAAAACCAGAUAGAAACCAUCCCUAUUGGAUUUUUCACAGAUCUUACAAACCUGAGGUUCCUGGAUUUGUCCAACAAUAAAUUGCGUUCCAUCUCUUCUGAUGCCUUCAAAGAUCUGUCCGCAUUGAAAGAGCUGGAUCUGAGAUUCAAUGCUCUCGAUAAACUUCCAGAUGACAUCUUCACAUCUUUGAUACAUCUCAGAAGGCUCCACCUGGAAAACAACCAGCUCACACAUUUGCCCACCAAAGUGUUUUCUGCUCUAUCCAGAUUGGAAGAGCUCCAUUUGGACAAAAACCAGAUCCAGCACAUUCAUCCAACACAGUUUGAAGGCUUAGUGAUGUUACGCGAACUUGAUAUAACAUUUAAUCAACUGCGCUAUAUGGACAAAGGGACUCUGAUGCCUUUAGCAAAUCUAGUGCGUAUCUAUCUUAAUGGGAAUCCAUGGGAUUGCUCUUGUGUGUUCAUUCUCUAUCUAAGUCAGUGGUUUAACAAUAAUACUCACUUAGUAAAACCUACACCCAUGUGCUCCUCUGGUCAAUAUCUUUCCUAUCCAGCUCGUUUCCCCUAUUCAUUAUCACAGCAUUGUGCAAGUUCUGCAUGUAUCUCUUUUAACACAGAGAAAUUAAUGGUUCUCCUUGCUUUCUCUCUGGGUUUUCUUAUCUUUUGAGAUCUAUCUACCUGUGCUGUGCUAAACUCUGAGAUCUGUGUGGGUAAAGUGUUGAAACCACCACUUCUUGUGUGCAAAUGAUUUAUGCUUUUGACCUCUGAAAUGCAUGCAACUGUUGGCAUCAGAGGAGCAAUGAAAUAUGAUUUAUCUGAGAUUUAAUAUUUUCCAUAAAAUAAACUGCUUUGCCAAAAACUUACAGCCUCUUUACUUGUGUGACAGGAUUAUGCAUUUUGAAAAGGCCACAUGCUGAUGCUGCAAGAGGUAAUUUCCGCUUACUCAUUUCAGAACCAAGAGAAGAGUCACUUACAUUCACUCAUCUGAGUGUUUCUAAGAAUUUUAUGUAUGUCUCUAAACAAGGAUGUACGUCCGGACGCAAAUUGUGGUUAAUUUUCUGCAAAACUAGGCUUAAUCACAUUUUCUGUGUGCUUCUUCAUUUUAUUGGCCUAGCUUGUCAAUAAUGACUAGAAAAUGACAAAAAGAAUAUUCAUUCAAAUUUACUUUUUAAAAGUAAUCAUGCUACUUAUGUAUAGGUUGGCUUUACUGGAAGAUGAAUAGUGGAAGAAGAGGAAAUGCCUUGAAACAUCUAUCUAAAUGAUAUUUCACUAGUUUUUGUUGUCUCUAAAGUUGAAGAAUUUCCAUUAAUGUGGAAACUAAGGCUGAUGAUCCACAGGGCAAAUUUUUAAGCAAUUUUGCCAGGCAACUUUUAUUUUAGCAAUGUUGCUUGGGCACUUUCCCACUGAGAAUGGGUAACAAAUUUCUAUCUGGAUACUUUAGAACGGUCGUGGGCCCUGUAUUUCACCUGGUUGCCCGUUGACGGCAAUAUUAACCAAAGUUGCCCUGUGUAUCAUCAGCUUAUUAGUAUAAAAUAGAGUGGAAUAAUUAAACGUCUAGGAAAUGAAUGUAGACAAAGUCUACUAUCCACUACAAAUAUUGUUUUGACUGUUGUGGGACCAGCUCAGUAUUAGUAAUA